AUGGAAGCCGCAGCAGCCUUCGCGAACGACGGAGCGACAUGGAGCUUCAUCCCCCCAAACUCACCUCACUUCGGUGGACUCUGGGAGGCCGGAGUGAAAUCUGCAAAGCACCAUUUGGCUCGACUGAUGAUCUCCCGGACAUUUACGUUUGAAGAGUUUAGCACCCUUCUCACCGAAAUAGAAGCCUGCCUGAACUCAAGGCCUUUAUGUGCCAUGUCAACUGAUCCCGAGGAUCUUAACGCUCUAACCCCUGCACACUUUCUGAUCGGAAGUACAUUGGCAAUGAUCCCUGACGAAGAACCACCGAAAGUACCUGACAACCGAUUAAGCCGCUACGAACUUAUUCAAAAAAUAAGGAACAACUUUUGGAGAAAAUGGUCCCAGGAGUACUUACAGUCACUGCAAGUUAGAGGCAAAUGGCAGCAAUCUUCAGACAAUCUAAGUGUAGAUCAGUUAGUACUCAUCCAGGACAAUCGAUGUCCUCCCGCGAAGUGGCCUUUGGGAAGAGUGGUUGCGGUUCAUCCGGGAGCUGACGGGAAGGUCCGAGUGGCUACAGUGAAAACAAUUCACGGAACAUAUCGUCGACCUAUCGUGCGACUUAGCCCAAUACCGCCACCUUUUUAG